GAAAAAUUUGUAUGACCACGUGAUGAGAAAGUUUGGUGCAGAAAUAACAAAAACAAAACACGGGAGUGUUUUUUGUUUUCGUCGUCACACGUACGCUGCACGUCGUUCAUAGAUUUGUCAAGAGAAACUUUAUUUUUCUUGUUGAGUUGGUUGAUUGAAAACAAGCAACCAUGUCGGAGCGUAAAGUUCUCAACAAGUACUAUCCUCCGGAUUUCGAUCCAUCCAAAAUACCUCGCAUGAAAUUACCUAAAAACAGACAGUAUACAGUCCGACUGAUGGCCCCAUGUAACAUGCGUUGCAAGACCUGUGGAGAGUAUAUUUACAAAGGGAAAAAGUUCAAUGCCCGGAAAGAAGAUGUGGAAGGACAGGAUUACUUGGGCAUUCGUAUAUACCGUUUCUAUAUCAAGUGCACCCGCUGCUUGCAAGAAAUUUCAUUCAAAACAGAUCCAAGGAAUACUGACUAUGAAAUAGAAGCAGGUGCUACAAGAAACUUCAUGGCUUUGAAGUUAGCAGAAGAACAGGCCCAACGAGAAGAGGAUGAAAGGAAAGAGGAAGAGGCCACAAAUCCGAUGAAGUUACUUGAAAAUCGAACCCAACAGAGUAAAAAUGAAUUAGAGUUACUGGAGUCCUUGGAAGAGCUGAAAGAUUUAAACAGACGUCAGCAUUCUGUUGACACAUUAGUCGACACUUUGCUAAACAGGUAUGAUGACACAGAGGCUCGCAAAAGACUUGCUGAACAACAAGAAGAAGAGGAUGAGAAGUUAGUCAAGUCUAUCUAUGGCCCUAGUAUAAGUAACAAAGCAAAGCGUGUCAUAGAAGAGGAAAUAAUCGAAGAUGUUGAUGAGGAGCCUGAGAAAACCAGGGUAACCAUUGAGCCACCAAAGAAGCAGCUCAAAAGUUCAUUUGCCAGCUCAAGUUCAGGCUCAGGCACCAUCUCUGCUGGAUCCUCAACUGCUUCAAAACCACUUGUUACCACUGCUAACAAACCCACUGCCAAUGGUGCCAGCUGGAACAAAAGUGUUGGUCUUAUGAAGAAAAGCACUGGUCUUGCUGGUCUUGUCCGCAAAAAAGGGACCCAAGCCCAGACAACCACAGCUGCAGUGGAGAGCAAACCACCAACUACUAAUGGAUCGACACCGGCCCCUGUACCCACUGACACUGCUCCCAAAGCACCUCCAGCACCAAGUGGACUUUCCUUGCUAGGCUCGUAUUCUGACAGUGGAAGCGACAGUGAUAAUUAAAUGAAAAAAGGAGAACUCAUUGGAAGCUUUUUAUGAUCAUUCCAAUAUGUAUCAGUCAGUGACCCUUUGUGUUUCCCCUUUUUCAAGUAUGCUUUUCUACUGGUGGUUGUUUUAGAUUCUGUGUAUAUGAAGUGUAUGUUCUUUGAUGUAGGAAAUAAAUAAUAAAAAGUUCCAAAAUUA